GCAUGCACUUCUCAGCGUAACGUACUUCCCUUUUCCCAUCAUGCACUUUCACAAACAUGGUGGCUGAGAGCUGCUUCCAUAACAUAGGUGGUGUCACUGCUCGUAUGUUGUUGCAGUUGUGACUGUAUGAAUAAGAGUUUACUGGUGGUAAAGAGGAUUCAGCACAAUGCCGAAAUACUACGAGGAGAAAGAGGAGGACACCAGAGCCUGCGCCGGGAUCAGAGAGGACUUCAAGGCCUGUCUGCUGGAGCACGACUGCGUGGUGAAGGAGGGGAAGCUGCCCAGUGAGUGUUUGAAGGAGGGCCACUGCAAAGCCCUGCAGACGUCCUUCUUUGAGUGCAAGAGGUCUAUGAUUGACACAAGGUCUCGGUUCAGAGGAAGGAAAGGAUAUUGAAGAUCCAACUCUGGACAUGUGUACAUACUUGUAUUUAUUUGGCUAAAUCACUCAUCAGCGCGGCUCACUAGUCUGAAGAUGUGCAGCCUCAUCUGAAGGACACGUGUCGAGAAAGUGGGCAGUAAAGGACUACUGAACAAUAAUCUAACAUACACCAGACACAAAGAACAUGGGAGCUUUUUAUGAAUGAAUGAGUGUGUUUGUUGUGCUAUGAGUUGAUGUAAUUAAAGAAAUAAUGAAUAAUA